GCAUUUAAGAAAAUAUCCUUUUAAGAAGCAACACACAGGUUUGAUGCAAUGCAUUUCAUUUUGUUAAUGCUGGGUUGCAUUUGUUGCCUGAAUGUGUGUCUGGCAAACGAGCAACAAUGUCUGGCAAUGCACGCUUUCCAAAAUACUUACGACGACGUGCGUCAAAAGGCGGAAGAAAUGGCGGCGUUGGUACGGACCCUUAAAGCACAACUGGACAAUUCCAUCGAGCUGAACUGUGGAGAUAUUGGUGCCAAUGCCGCCAACAACUUGUACAGCUUUAACUUAACACACUGUGACUUUGAGGACGGCGAUCAGAUGUGUAACUUUACUCACGACAGUUAUAGAUGGGCACUAGACAACACUUACCCAGACCAUACCAUGGGAUCCAAAAUGGGACACGCCAUCAGAAUAUACAGACCCGGAAGUUAUGUAUCACGUGUCACAUCACGGCCCUUUAAUACAGCACAAUCAUAUUGCAUCCGGUUCUUCUACAAAGCAGAAACUCGUUCAAACACUGCUGGGAGACUCAAUGUUUACUUACAAGAAGGGAACCUAAGGGGUAACCCGGUCUUUUCCGUGAGCCAUAUCCCGUCUAAGAACUGGACACUAGCAGAAUUCAGCCCCGACCCCGAGUAUCUUAGAAGACCCUUUCAGAUAGUGUUUGAAGCGGACCACCUUAACCAAUACGUUUAUGUGGACGAUCUCAGUGUUUAUAAUGCACCUUGCACAACUGAAGGUAUUCGAGCCCCCCGUUGCCCGCCAGGAUCUGUGGAAACCAAAGUAGGAGGCAUGGAAACGUGUUAUGUGUUUCACAUGGAACCCAAGACCUACAGAGAUGCCAUGAAGACAUGCAAAGCUGUCUGGCCUCUGGCGAGUCUCGUAGCCAUUGAAUCUUCUGUGGAGCAGACGAUAAUUUCCAACAUGAUAAACCAGUCUAACGCUAUGUCGCUGGCAGCAGACUUCGGACUGUGGACAAAUGGAAACGAUUUUGACCACGAAAACACUUUUACUUGGAGCGGGCAGACUCAUCCCAUCCCGUUCAACUAUACCCACUGGCAUCCCGGACAGCCCAACAAUGUCGCGGGCGAACAGGACUGUAUGGUGAUCGAGUAUCCCAAACUUGACUUCGAAUGGGGUGAUGUAUCUUGUAGUGAACGCCAUUCAUUCAUCUGCGAAAUGAACUUUGACAGAUCUCGAAUACAUAGUCAGUCGAACCCGAUCAAUGGAAAUAUCAUCGGGUAGACGUAAAACAAUAUCGAACCCGAUCAAUGGAAAUAUUACAUGUACAUGUAAAAGGUAUUAAAUUUGUUAUGCCCUUGUGACAUUCUUAAAGAUAAUGAGUCAUUUUUAUUAUUCAUUGCAAAAUGUUGAUUGCAGAUGAUUUAUCGGAAUGUUAAUUUCAUGAAACUUGAUUAAGGUUAAUUUUGUAGUAACUGUUAUAUAUUAUAAUGAAAAGACACAUGAAGUGAUUAUCAGAUAUAGUGAAAUGUGCUUUAUAUCUUAUCAAAAUUGAUGUAUGUGUAUUUCACUUUAUAUUAAAUGCAAAAAUAUU